CCCACCGCUUGGAUCCUCGAACUUUGAGCCAACCACAUAAACCCACCGUCUGACAUCCCCGCUGUUCCUCCCUGAGAGCCCGGGGCCCACGUCCCAUCAAGUCGGAGAGCAGCAGCGCUACCGAUCCAGACAGUGAAUAUCCUGACCGUGGACCUACUGGAUUGAUUUUAAUGGCUGUUCUCUUUCUGAUUGCGAUUGGACCACUGUGAUCUUCUGAGACUUUGGAUCUUCAACAUUUAUCCCUCAGCAUGAAACAUCACGCUGAAACAUCUUUUUCUUUUACUCAUAGAUACUUACUUUCUGUCUUAAAAUGUUUUUAACUGUAUUGGCACAGCAAAAUGGCUAAAUAGGAUGUGUUUUAUUGCAUAUGCUUAAGCCCAAAGAAGUCACCUUCUUUUAGAAAAACAAUUUCCAUAAUAACUGGUUAUUUUUCUGUAAAUCACCUUCAUGCUUAUUUGGCUUAUCAGACUUCAGCUUUACUUGACAGCAAAUAAUUAUGUUUGAAACGCAUAUACAUAUCUGGCCUUAAUUAUAAACACAUCUGCAUAUCAAGCUGCAUAUGGUUCAUGUUUUUUUCAUAACAGACACUGGAACAGAAUAUAAUGUGCUCAGUUAAUAAUCAGAAGAGUGUACAUCAUUGGAAAUCCCUCAGCUGCUAGGGCUUGCAGGAUCAGUGCUGCCAUUUCACUGUGGCAGAUGUAGUGUAUUUUGUUCCCAUACCUAUAUUUUUGCUUAAAAAUCUUUUAAUGGACAGUUAUAUGAAAUGUUAUUUUUUGUCAGAACGCUAUAAAGACAAACAUCUUUAAUUUAUGGUCUCUUUUAGUUAAACCUGGUAAAUCAAAUUUUAAGAUUCCCACGGUCUGAUAAGACUUUAGUCUUAUUUUAUGUAUAGAAGCUCUCUGAUCCACAAGCAAAACCUGGACUGUGAAAGUGAAGUGUCGAAAAACAGAGAACAAUGAAGUCAAGAUGAGAGUUGAGCCUUCAAAAUGAAGUCACUUGUAAGCAGUCACUUCUGACAUUUAUAGGUCUAUUCCCAAGCAGUAAAGUUAAAGUUCUGUACAGUGUAGAAACUAGACUUUUGUUUGUUUUUCUUUUCAUACUAUUAAGCUUAUUUUAAUGUUCUAAAUCACAUAAAAAGCGCCCGCCCCCACGAAAUAGGUCACGCUCUCUCUCUCCCACAACCUGGGUUUAAAAUUAACAAACAGCGCUUUCUUGUCGUUUAUCAGUUUCUAGACUGUACCAUCUAGACGGUGGGUAAAACACGUAGCGUACUUCCUGGUUAAAAUGUCACUUUAGCGAACACAAAAUGGGCAAAGACGUAAAGAAAACGCCUUUUUUUAAAAUAAAAACUUGGCCAUUUCUCACGACUAGGUUUCUGUAGCGAAAUUAAUGCGCCGUCAACCGAAAAAAUCAGCAACCACCUGUAAAACAACAACUUACACACGUCCCCGUUUUUCGCAACCUGUCUCGGCAUACACCUGCGGGGCGUUCGGGUCCUCCCAAGUCUACAACACACAAAGACGCAAAAUGGAGGUGUUACUAUCUGUCUGAGGAAAAUUACAUGUACCUGAAUACGUUUUUGUUUGUAUAUUUACGAAUUAAAAAUACUUAAGUCUACCGAGACCGCGAGGAAGCAAGAUUAAACAUGUUCUGGACGAUAAUCUUCGCCGCUCUAAUGGCGACAGAAUCCACUAUGGGUGUGUCAGUUCAAUGUCCUACCAAGAGGUAUGUCGUCAUUCUCUUCCAGCCUGUCACCCUUACCUGUCAGUAUCAGACAACGGCCACUCAGCUCCCUAUUGUAACGUGGAAGUAUAAGUCUUACUGUCGGGACCCGGUUCAGGCUGCACUCAAUCCCAGCAGUGCAGACAACAUUCUGUCUCAAAACAACCCCAACUAUAACCCCACCAUUGAGUGUGCAGACAACCAGAGAACAGUGCGAAUAGUGGCCUCCAAGCAAGGCACUGCAGUUACCCUUGGCCCUGAGUACCAGGAGCGCAAGAUCAGCAUAACCGGCAAUGCAGACCUGAAUAUCGCACAGACUGCAUGGGGAGACAGUGGUGUCUACUUCUGUUCUGUCAUCUCUUCUCAAGAUGUUACAGGAAAUAGUGAAGACUACACAGAGCUCCUUGUACUGGAGAGAAAGUCAAAUUCUACUGACCUCCUGCCUGGCAUUGACUUACUGGUUAUGGAAGACUGGCUCCUGGUUGUUUUGGUGGUCCUUGGCUUCUUUCUGCUGGUCCUCUUGAUUGGGAUUUGCUGGUGCCAGUGUUGUCCACACACCUGCUGCUGUUAUGUCAGUUGCCCCUGCUGCCCAGAUCGCUGCUGCUGUCCACGAGCAUUGUAUGAGGCAGGAAAAGCAGUAAAGAAAGGUAUGGGGGAUCAAUAUGCUUCCACCCUCUAUGCUCAGAGUAUGUAUGGUCAGCCACCAUACAUGCAGCCUGGUAUGCCUCUACUUCCUGUACCUAAUGGGGUUGGAGCCCAGCUGCCUCAGAGUGGUUACGGUCAUGAAUAUGAUGGUGCUAGCUCAGUGGGACACGGCUCCCAGGUACCUUUGCUACGUGAGCAAGACCGAGGGGACAACACUCGCAGUGGUUUUCGAAUCCAGGUGGACCCUGACGGGAACGCAACGCGUGCCAUUUACUAUAUGGAGAGGGAGCUUGCCAAUAUGGAUCCAUCCAGGCCUGGCAACUAUCAGCGCUUGGACAACAUGACUGAAGUCAGUUCCUUGCACGACAGUAGUGGAUCUGAGCCUCGAAACCGCGGAGGUCGUUCCCAGCCCCCGCAUCUCCCCACAGUGUAUGACCAUGAUGAAGCUAUGAGCACCAUCAGCAGCGUUUCCCAGCAAGGCCGCCGCCGUGAUGAUUAUCCGCAACAAAGAGGAGGUUACAUGGAGAACCGCGUACGUUCCCGCUCGAUGGACAAUCUUGACGAUAUUGGACGGCGAUACCCCAGAGACGACUACCCACCACAACGCCGCCCAGACUCCAGAGGAGGAAGAGGCUCUGAUGAUGGGUGGAGCAGCAGCGCCCGGAAUGGCUAUGAUCGUGACUAUGAUGACCGCAGACGUCGUGACUACUCCCCCGAUCGCCGGAGAGGAGAGGGUGGAGCCUACGGGGAUCUCCCAGGACGGCGCAGCCACAGUCGUGACGAUAUAAUGGAUCUGGAGAGGGAUCGCCGGUAUGGUGGUGGUGCAAGGGGCGGGCGCGAGGAUUACGAUGACAGUUUUCUACGAGAAGCCAUGGAGAGGAAGAGGAUGGGUGAGCAGCAGAGGGCGCGGAGCCAGGAGCGAUUGGACAGCGAGAGCGACCGCUCAGAUCGGGGGAGGGGGGCACGUGGGCCACCUCCACUACCUGUGAACCCACCCUCUGGAAACCCUGGCCGGCACAAUGACUACCCGCCUCCACCACCACCGCCUUACAGUGAAGAUGAAAAGAAAAGCAACCUCCGCAAGAAUGGAGCUGUGAGUCGGGAGAGCCUGGUUGUGUGAAAUAAAAAUCUAAAGAGAACAAAGUACAACAAGGAUGCAGCAUUGAUCUUUAAAAAAACCAGAGAGCGACUGUAAAUAUUUAUUGCACUGCUAAUUUGUUAUGUUGAUUUAAAAAUGUCAUAAUUAGUCCUAAAUGUGAUUGUAUGCUUUUCUAACAUGGACGAGGUUUGCCUUUUCAUGUACACAAUAUUUUGGCUGCCACAAGUGCCUUACAGUGUACAUAAUUUUAUUUUUAGAUAGUUAAAAAUAUCUCAUCUCAACAAUUAAACAUAUUCAGAAGUUUUAUAUAGUUUCAUUUAGCUGAUGCAGGUAUUAAUGCAGUUUAUGGAUGUCUGUUGUUUUUGCAUUUGUGAAAAGUAAAGUGACUUUUUUAUAUGAAUCUGUGUGCAUUUAAAGGAAUUUGUCUAGCUUUUUUGUUAUUUGUCGUAUUAUUGUGCUCACUCGUUUUAGAUUCCUCGUGGAACAAAAUACUCCAGAGACUUUCUAACGCUAAAUUGCAAUUUUAACCUUCAGUAUGUUGUACAUAGGCUUCCGGAAAACCAUCUUAAAACUGCAAAUAUUCAUUUUGAUGUGUUGAAAUCUAAUUUUAAAAUAAAGAUCUUCUUGCCAGGC